CCCAUCCCAUCCCAUUCCACCAACCGCCUUGCAACGGUUUCAACCCCAGUGACGCUCUUUUCUUUUUUGUUUUUUUUCCCCUUCCCACCUUGCAAGAAAACCCGCCUUCCACAUCGUGUAAUGAUGCAGCGUUUCGCCUCUUCUGCCGCUCUGGCGCUUGCCAUUGCCGCCAGCUCAGUCUCUGCACAGAGCUCGUCGACGACGUUCCCCGAGGGCGUCCUCGCCACGGGAACCAUGGGUACGACCAACCCUGCCGAACCAACCUUAGGAACGACCGUCAACCAGACAUCCUACGCACGGCUGCUCAGCUUGAACUCUGUUGAUGAUUGGUGUAUCUUUGCUCCUCCCUCAAACAACACCAUUGGUGAAUCCGAGGCUAUCGAGGUCGCGUGGUGCACGAAAGCGCGGAACAACGCCCGUGUCAUCCCCGACGGUGUCGUCACCGGUGUUUCCUUCCUCAAAACCGACUUUUACGUCCAAAUCUAUGGCUACGGUGAUUUCACAAAAUUGAACAUCGCAGCUGGUGACUAUGGAGGUGAGCUCGACCCCCAUGGAGCUACUGGUGCAGGUAACCCCGUUGGUGGUAACGUCACCACUGAUGAAGUUACUGGCUCCGACAUUAAUAUCGCUGAAUGGAUGCAAUUCAUUUCUUAUACCCAAUUCUGCAUUCGUGCCUGCACAAAUGCCAACUCAUCUUACAGCGCUGCCGAGAUGUGUGAGCACAAGCUUGACGAGAUGGGCUGCGCGUUCGUCAUGCCAGGAAACUACGACUUCAAUGGAACCUUUGAAACGUGUGACGCUGAUGUUGCCUACCCCCCUGGAUGGUACCCCGAGGUGACGGGCGGCACGACCUCGUACUCCACCUUUGCGCAGUACUACACCGGAUACUACACCGACAGCAGCGGCUCCACCGUCUCCUACACCGUCGGUGACACCGUCACGCCCUCCACCGUCGCCUUCACCCCGGCAUCUAGCAACUGCGCCACCACCGCCAGUAUCAGCAACGGUCUGGCGGUCGCGACGAGCGGGAGCUCGGGCUCUGCGAGCGGCUCGUCGGGAGCCUCUGGGUCCAAAUCCGGCUCGUCGAGCUCGAAGACAGCAAGCGGCACGUCGUCGUCCUCCACCGGCAACGCCGCCGUGUCCUCCUUCAGGUCCACGACCUCCUACCACGACGGUGUCACGCUCGUCGCUCUCAUCUCUGGUAUCGCCGCUAUCGUCUUGUUGCAUUAAAGAGGAGAGGAGGGCUGUGUUUUUUGGUUUUUGACGUUUCUACAUACAUACCAUACCAUACCCCCCAACAACAUUCUUUUUUUUGUGCGGCAUGGACAUUUUCUAUACAUCACAUCAAUGAAGUAUAUAUAAUAUCUGACUUUUUACGAUGCCG